AAACCCCACCCUCCAAGUCUCCGACUCCACGGCACAGUUCUCUCUCCCCGUCCCCUCCCACUCCACGGCGCAGAUCUCUCCCUGACUCCUUCUCCCGCUUCCCCGCACAGCCGAGCCAUGGCGGAGGACGCCCCCAGCGCCGGCGCCGAGGGGAGCCAUGCCGCGUCCGCCGAGGGAGCCGCCGCCGCUCCUGCUGCGAAGGUCGCCGCGGAGGCGCUGCUCCCGUCGCUGAGCAUCUGGCCGCCGUCGCAGCGCACGCGCGACGCCGUGGUGCGCCGCCUCGUGCAGACGCUGGCGGCGCCCAGCGUGCUCUCCCAGCGCUACGGGGCCGUCCCGGAGGCCGAGGCCGAGCGCGCCGCCGCCGACGUCGAGGCGGAGGCCUACGCCGCCGUCUCCGACUCGUCCGGCGCCGCCCCGGCCUCCGUCGAGGACGGGAUCGAGGUGCUGCAGGCGUACUCCAAGGAGGUCAGCCGCCGCCUCCUCGAGCUCGCCAAGUCCCGCGCUGCCGCCGCGGCUGCUCCGGCGGCGGGGGGCGCGUCCGAGUCGGAGGCGGCUGCUCCGGCUCCAGCGGAGGAGUAAGAUGCUGCCCCCCGCGCUUAGAUCCACCAAGAACUGAUGCUAUUUUGGCACUUAAUUGGAGAUUAUUUAUGAUUCCUUCCGCUGAUGAUCACUAGUACCUCUAUAUGUAUUAGGAAUGUUCGCUUGGCUUGAGAUGAUGAAUUGAUGUUUAUUACCUGAACCUGGUACCUUGUUACAAAUGUGUUGAAGCUAUAUAGGUCCAUGUUAUCGUCUGCGCUCACACAUGUAUGAAGCCAUAAUCUGUUUGCUCCUUGUUUGCAUGAGUCAGAUGUUCUGAUUAUUUGGCUGUA